CUCCUUACUUAUUUCCCCUUUAAUUCAAAGAAGAGAGAGAGAGAGAGAGAGAGUUAUAGACAGAGCUUAUUGUAUAUCAUCUUCACCCUUCUUGCUGUCUUGAUAUCUUCCAUCAAAUCUCCUAUCUAUCUCCUCCUGUUAUCAUUAACCUCCAUACAUCAACAUAACCAUGAGCUCUGAAAUGGUUACGGUGGAUGAAAUUCCUUUUCCUCCACAGAUCACGGUCGCCAAGCCACUGUCUCUUCUGGGUCAUGGAAUCACAGACAUUGAAAUUCAUUUCCUCCAAAUCAAGUUCACAGCAAUUGGAGUUUACAUGGAACCUGAUGUUGUCAAGCAUUUGCAGCAAUGGAAGGGUAAGUCUGGAGCUGAACUAGCACAAAAUGAUGACUUCUUCGAUUCUCUCAUAUCCGCACCUGUGGAGAAGUUUAUUAGAGUAGUGGUGAUAAAGGAAAUCAAGGGUUCACAGUAUGGAGUACAACUAGAGAGUUUUGUGAGGGAUAGCUUGGCAGCUGUUGAUAAAUAUGAAGAAGAAGAGGAAGAAGCCUUAGAGAAAGUUGUUGAUUUUUUCCAGUCUAAAUAUUUCAAGAAAGAUUCUAUCAUCACAUAUUACUUUCCUGCAACUUCAGCCCCUGCUGAGAUUGGUUUCGUGAGUGCUGAUGAAGGAAAAGAGGAGGCGAAGAUGAAAGUGGAGAAUGCGAAUGUGGUCGAGAUGAUAAAGAAAUGGUACUUGGGAGGAACAAGAGGAGUUUCUCCUUCAAUCAUAUCCUCCAUUGCCAAUACUCUCUCCUCUAAUCUGUCUAAAUAAUGACUUGUUGCCCAAGUUACUGGUUUGUUUGUUGGGUUCAUUGCAGAGAUGUCAACCAGCUUCUUCUUCAUGCUUCUCCAUCAAUAAAAAAGAUAACCCACCUGAGUUUUCUCCUUCUGGAAAAUUCUGUCUUCUUCUCCAUGUCCCUUGCACAAUCUUUCUUUCCUAGCAAGCAUCUCUGUUAUGACACAAGCAUAUGAAGCAAGAAUAUAUAUAUACUACUUUCGAUAUCUCCCAUCUUUAUCUGGGAAUAUCCAAGAUUAAUGUGUAUGAACUAUAUAUACAACCUUAUUUUCACAACUUAAUUAAUAAAUCUAAACUUUUUAGGACCUUCUCGGUCCAUGUCUAA